AUGUUCUUGGCUCCAACGCAACAUCAGUUCGUUGAUAACCAAGCCUCACUGCUCUCUUCAGGCUCAUCCCAGCUUGGAGGUUCCCGCCCAGAAGCCGCUGCCAUCAGCUCGCUUCUCUCUUCAAUCAGCACCUCUAUGGAACGCAGUGCUACCGAGUACUCGCAGUCAGGUUUGCCUUCGCCUUACCCAAGCAACUGCGGCGACACCCGUUCUGAAGGUUCAUCUGCAGAUCACGCAUCUGCUGCGCAAUACGCGACCCAGCAGGAGGUUCGCCCCAGCAACUACUCUACCUCGGCCACGCCCACAUCCGAGUACAGUGUUUACCCGCCUUCUGCGCGGUCAGGAUCUUUCCCUGAGCAUAUUCAGCGUUCAUAUCAUCCAGCUAGCAACCACAACGGUAGCAGCGGAGGCAUGGCGCAACAAGCAAGCAGUCCGUCUUUGUCCCAACAAGAUGGCCGUCACCAUCAGGUCCCUGUGGCCAAAUCUGACCAUGAAUUACCUAUAGAUCCGUCGAUAGCGGCCCCGAGUCCUACCUACGCGUACGGCCAGCACUCUCCCUACGGGCCCCCGCCAGGAGACAUGUCCCACUCAUACCAGCACCCCUAUGCGCAACCCCGACCCGACUGGACUGGCUACGGUCAACACAGCGCCGGUCCCCUGACACCCGCUAGCCACGUCUUCCCCCCGACGCCGAGCUCUGCCCCUCCUCAGGGACGCCCCAACCAGUUUGGCCACCAGGUUUACUCUUUCGUUCCGAUUCCCGGUGCCCAGCAGCACAAGCGACCCCGCCGACGAUACGAAGAAAUCGAGCGCAUGUACAAGUGCGGCUGGAACGGUUGCGAGAAGGCCUAUGGCACUUUGAACCACCUCAACGCCCACGUCACAAUGCAGUCCCACGGACAAAAGCGAACCCCUGAAGAAUUCAAGGAGAUUCGCAAAGAGUGGAAGCAGCGCAAGAAGGAGGAAGAAGCUCAACGCAAGGCCGAGGAGGAGCGUCAGCGCCAAGCUGCCGCCGCCGCCGCCGCUGCUGCCCAGAAUGGUUCUGCCGACCCCCAGGGCGCAGCCGACGGCACGUCUUCUGCACCUACGUACGCUGGUGGCCGUCAAGUUCAGCUGCCGCCAAUCGGCUACCAGCCUUCCCAGUACCCUGCGCCCCCUUCUGCGGGAGCCGUUCCCCAGCAACCUCUCCCCGAGUACAACGGUUCGCAUAUGUACUCGGCCAACUACCAGCCUCAAUCGCCUUAUGGCCAGCCCAACCAGAGCAUGUACAGCUCACGCAGAUAA